AUGGCGCCUGUUACGGAGGAUACCGCGGACUUUCAGAGGGAGAUUAUCGAGAGAAUCAGCAAGAAUGAGGUGUGCGAGCUCAAGACGUUGCUGUCGCAGAGGAAGAUUAAGAUUGAUUUUGUCGAUGUGAACCGCAUGAGCCCGCUCCAGCACGCCUGUUACAAGGGAAACAUGGAAAUCGUGCAGCUCCUCCUCGAUCAAGGUGCUGACGUGAACAUGUGUCGACACGAACACGGUUAUACCGCUCUUCAUUUCGCCGCUUUGAGCGGAAACGCCGAGCUAUGUCACCUCCUGAUGUCGCACGGAGCACGCUUGGCAGCGAUGAACAGCGUGGGCCGAACGGCCGCGCAGAUGGCGGCGUUUGUUGGAAAUCACAACUGCGUGGCGACAAUCAAUAACUUUAUCCCGAAGGCUGAUAUAGAUUAUUAUAUUAAACCGCAGGGCUUGCAGACCGAGCCCAUGCUGCCGCCGCAUCUAGCCGAUCAUUUCCACAAGUUCAUAAUGCAAGUCAACAUGAACCCUGUACGUGUGUGCAUGAAUUUACAGAGACUUCCCGCACUUCUGGAAAAUGCAACAAAAGUACAAAAAGUAUUAGAAUCCAUGCGCUAUAAAGAAAUGAUGCGAGGCGCUGAGAUAAAUGAAGUGAUGGCCUUCAAGUACCAUUACCUGAGUUGCAUUGUGGCCGAGGUGUUGAAAAGUCAGAAGCGUCAAGAAGCUAUGAAGGCGGAGAAAGGCGAGAAGGGAAACGAGGAGGGCGAGGAAAAGAAGUCCGACACUGUGGAACUCUUGAUACGAAGGUUCCUGAAGUGCAGCAAGAACGAUAGCUUACCGGAGUAUCAGGAGGCACUUUUGCGGGAAUCCGUGAGAGAGUUCCCAUUCAGGGAAAGCACAAUUUUCCGUCAGAUGGUCGCUACAUUGGCCAGUACAGAUCCGCCGUCCGCCGUUUCCGUCAUCGCUGCUGCGAUUAAUGGGCAACGAGGCUUCUUCGAUAACGCCCAGACUUGCGUGACCUGCGGCGAGGACAAAGCCACGAAAAAGUGUAGCAAAUGCAAAGCGGUGCAAUACUGCGACAGAGAAUGUCAGAGAUUGCACUGGUUCAUGCACAAAAAGGCGUGCGCCAGAUUGGGUCAGUCCCCGGCAAACAACGGAAAGCUCACGGAUGCAGAUAAAGAACAGAUCAGCAAUGCCGUCGGCUCCAGGCUACAAAACCUAACUGUUGAAUAAAUAUGUAAUGUGUACAGAUUUAAUGUUGGCAGGUCCAAUUUUUUUGGAGUGCGUUAUAUCCGCGGAUGUUUAUCUUUUCCUGUAUAUAGCCGUUCUACUAGAAUUGAUGGAUCUCCGUAUGAUUAUGCCUAUCAUAUCUGUGAAAGCUAACAUUACGCCACUAUUAUUGUGUAAGUAAAUAUUAUUGAAAAUGUGUAAAUUUUUGUUGUUUAGUCAAUCACGCGUUUGUAUCGAUAUUUCGUUCUUUCGAAUUUUCAAUCGUUAAGAAACCAACUUCAGCAAGGAGAAACUGAAUCAAAUUAUAAUAAGUUUUUAAUUGUACAAAAAUAUUGAGUUUUUUUUUAUUGCUAUACGCGACUCUCUGAGCUGCCGGACUUUUGUGAACUGACUGACUUUUAUAUAGUUUCAUACUUCCUUCUUGGACAAUGAAAUUGCCAAAUAUAUUUAUAAGUUACUAUUAUUCUUGAUGUGUACGUGCACUCAGUUAAACAUAUUGUCAAUAUUUUAGAGCUAUGUUCAACCUUCAUUGUGAUCUGUCGAAAUAAAGCACAUUUACUUACAAGCUUACAACCGAUAUAAUGUGACAGUUGCAUCAUCUUUUCUAGUAUAUUGCCGUUAAUUUAUCGAGUGCUGCACGAACAUUUACAUUAAUCAAUAAAUCAUCUUCUGUUAAU